AUGCGCAUGCGCCUCCACUGUAAACAAACAUGGCGCUGCACAGAGGAGCCAGCUCUGCGAAGCUACUUUGUAACCUUCGUAAUUUCACCAAAAUUCCAUCGUUUCUUGGGUCCAGACUUGUUUCUGACACAUCUAAAGCCGUAGAGGCCAGUGCUUCAGAAGUCACCGGUGACCAUGUCCUCUACACGCCGGAGCAUUUUGCAAUGAAAGAGUCGCUCAGAAAAAUCAUCGACCUGGAGAUCAACCCCCAUGUGGAUCAGUGGGAAGCGGAGGGCAUGUUUCCAGCCCACAAGGUCUUCAAGAUUUUAGGAAAUGCUGGCUUUCUGGGAGUGAGCAAACCAGUUGAGUACGGAGGCCUGGGCCUGGACUUCAGCUACAGCGUGGCCGUGGCAGAGGAGCUGGGCCACAUCCGCUGUGGAGGCGUCCCCAUGGCAAUCGGUGUUCAGAGUGACAUGGCUACACCUGCACUUGCCAGGUUUGGCUCAGCCGAGCUGAAGCAAGAGUUCCUCCUUCCAUCCAUCCUGGGAGACAAAGUGGCCUGUCUUGGCGUCAGUGAAGUCGGAGCUGGUUCUGAUGUUUCAAGUAUUAAGACCAAGGCAGUGAGGAAAGGGGACGAAUAUGUCAUCAAUGGUGGAAAAAUGUGGACCACCAACGGUGCCCAGGCGGACUGGAUGUGUCUCCUCGCCAACACCAGCGACGGUCCACCGCACAGGAACAAAUCCCUUAUCUGUUUGCCGAUGAACCUGCCAGGAGUCCACGUUGCUCGUAAGAUUGAUAAAAUGGGAAUGCGGUCAUCAGAUACAGCUGAAGUGUUUUUGGAUGACGUCCGCGUUCCCUGUAAAAACGUCAUUGGUGAAGAAGGCAUGGGCUUCACAUACCAGAUGCUCCAGUUCCAGGAAGAGAGGCUGUGGGGAGCAGCUAACGUCCUGACAUCAAUGGACAAUAUCAUCCAGGAGACCAUCGACUACACAAAGCAGAGGAAGAUCUUCAAGCGGCCCGUCCUUCACCACCAGUCCGUUCACUUCAGGUUAGCGGAGCUGCAGACGGAGGUGGAGCUACUACGCUCACUGCUCCAUCGUGCGACAGCCCUGUACAUUAAAGGAAAUGAUGUCACCAAGCUGGCGUCCAUGGCCAAAUUGAAGGCAGGGCGUUUGACCAGAGAAGUGAGUGACAGCUGUCUCCAGUACUGGGGAGGGAUGGGCUUCACCAGUGAUGUGAUGGUCAGCAGAUAUUACAGGGAUUCAAGGUUAUUGUCCAUUGGUGGAGGGGCUGAUGAGGUCAUGUUGUCAAUCAUCUGCAAAUACAUGGACACACUGCCCAAGAUAUGAUGUCAUUCACAGCCGACCGUUGGCCUCACAGUAGUAAUGAGUUAAUCAUGAACGAUGGUCGUUUUAAUAAAUUUAAUAAGUGCCGUUUUUAGAACUAAUUUCAUCUUAAAACACAUUUAAAAGAAAUCCUGCCUUUAACAUAACUGUGGUGAGAGACAACUCUCUGAUUACCCACAGUUCAAAGUUAUGACUGCUUGUGGUGUUUUUGGUAAGUAAUCAUCUUUUGAAACAUUCAGCUUGUUUUGAUGAUAAAGUUAAAAACACUCACACUUGUUUUAAGCAUUAGAUUUCUUUAUUUACAAUUUCAAAAACAUUUGUACAUUUAAACAAAAUGGAAUGACUCACUGUAGAUUAACUUGUUUAAAAUACAAAAAAUAUAUAUUCAUUCUUGUAAACUAUUAAAAUGUAAUUCCAUCAAGCACAGACACAUUGCUGUCCAGCGUUUAUUGUGUCUAUUUUUUGCAGUUAUUUGCAUGACAAAGGCUUUUUGUUACACGUUCAUUUAUUUGUUUCCAUAAUAAAAUCAAUCAAUGACAAA